AACGACAAACCCAAAAACGAAACCGACUGAAGAACGAAGGAAGGUGAAGACUCUGAGAGAGAGAGAGAUGACGAUGGGAACGACGACGCAGGCGUACGGCGAGUCGCGGUACUGGGACAACCGCUACGCCAACGAAUUAGGAUCGUUCGAUUGGUACCAAAAGUACCAAUCUUUGGCUCCGCUGAUCAAUCUCUACGUCCCUCGCCAUCCCAACCAACACAACCGCAUCCUUGUCGUCGGCUGCGGCAACUCAGCGUUCAGCGAGGGAAUGGUUGAUGAUGGGUACGAGGAUGUAGUUAGUAUUGACAUUUCAUCUGUGGUCAUCCAAACUAUGCAGAGCAAGUACUCGAAUCGUCCACACCUCAAAUAUUUGCAAAUGGAUGUUCGAGAUAUGAGUGCUUUCGAAACUGCUUCCUUUGAUGCUGUUGUUGACAAAGGAACCCUAGAUUCUCUUUUGUGUGGAAGUAAUUCGCGGCAAAAUGCUACCGAGAUGCUUGAGGAAGUUUGGAGGGUCCUCAAGGAUAAAGGAGUCUACUUUCUGGUCACAUAUGGUGCCCCAUUGUAUCGUUUGCGCUUGUUGAGAGAGUCAAGCUCGUGGAUGAUAAAACUCCAUGUGAUAGGGAAACUUUCCCGUGAAGAUAAACCAGAACCUCCAAUAUGGGAUCUGACAAAUCCUGUUCCGCUGCAUGGUGAUGGAAGAAGCUCAGCGGAGGAAUUGCUAGGAAACAACCCUGAUGUUCAUUAUAUUUACAUUUGUACCAAGGAUAAUUCUUUAAAGCCAGGCGUUAAGCGUGAACCCUCGGUCGAUUGAGGAAGAUAAGUAUCUUCAACCUCGUACGGUUCAUCAUUCCCCGUACCUGUAUUGUUGCAUGGGUUGAAACUUCAAACCGAUAAUUAUACCUGCUAUACUAUGUGCUAGUUUCAUUUCUUACUUGAGAUGACUUUUUGUACUUACUAGUCGGUUAACAAAAGAGGAGCCGGCUCAGUAGUAAACGGAAUGCUCAAAAUUUAGCCGAGGUUUCCAGGACAGAGCUAGGACGGCCCUAGCUAAUCUAUAACUGCUACAACUUGCAGUCGCAGCUUGUGAUAAGAGCAUUUUCAGGGGCUUGUAUUUUUGCUUGUUCUUUUCUUCAAUAGCAGUUGAAUUUUCAGCUUCUUGUGGAA